AACACUGGCAUGCUAGAGAGUUUCUCAGUUGUCGCUGGUUAUCUGUCAUGUAAUCUUGUUGGUGGAUCUAAAGCUGUUCAUGCCAUGACCACCAUGCCCUAUUUCUGCGCCAUCUAAUUCUUUUUUGAAGCCUGUACUUUUUGUUAUGGUGUCAUUUUUUUUUUUUAAAUCAUGACCGAUCCUAUAUUUAAACUCUGUCAAGAUAGGACAACAGACUCUAUCAGGAUAUGACAAUUUGGUGAAGUCUUCUUGAGUAAACCUAAUUUUCUCUGCACAUGGUGUGCAGCAAAUGAGAGGCAAGACUUGUUCAACUCUGUAUUUCAUUUCAAACUGUAAUCCUGUGUGAAUCGCUGCCAUUCCUGUUCAGAUCAGGGGUGAUACUUCAGUUUAAAAUGUACUUAAAUAGAUGGACAGCGAUGCCUGGAUCAUAAUAUAGCAUAAUAUAGCAUAAUCUUGCCCGUGUGUGAAAGUUGAUAUUGUACCCCACUUUCAAGGUCAUGUUUGAGGAUUUUAUGUAACGUGUUGGUGUCUUGAUAUGCAGUAGUGAUGGGGUGAGAAUGUGCCGGAGCUAAUGACGUAGACAUUUUGAUGGACCUAUUAAGUGUGGUAUAUGUUUUUUUUCCAAUUUGGACAAUAUAUAUCCCACAGGGGAAAACUCUGAGGGAGAAAAAGAUUGCAUCAACACCAGUAAAGUAACUUCACCGUAGCCUCCAAUUCACCAGGAGUAUAAUUUCAAAUGUAAUUCAAAGGUGUAAACUUUUCUACUUGGAUGCUGUAGUGUACAGACCUUUGUUGUCUCACUGUGCUCAGAUAAUUGCUUUAGUUUUUUAAUGUAAUGUUCUCCUCUAUAGUCGGUUUGUUGAACCACUCCACAGUUCUGUUUGUAGCCAAAAUUCACUCUCUUCCAGAGACUAGUUGUGAUAUGUUUGUAGGUUGAAAUUGUUGGUGCCGUGAGACAUUGCAAGUAAUGUACAGCACAUUGCCAUGGCUGUGUCUUUCUGUCUGUAUUAACAUUUUCAAAUGAAAAGUAAAGUUGACAGGAAGAAGUUGUGCUUAGAUUUUGUUGCACACAGAAAUCAUAAAGACCUUAUUCCAUCCAGUUGUCUGUAUUAAGACUGAGAAUGUAGGCUAUUUUUUUAACAAAGCCGCAUCAUUACUGCUCUACUCUGAGGACAAUUCUCAUCCAUUUUUAUUUGUCUGUAUCUCAACCGAGAGAAGUUACAAAGUGUGGGUGGCAGUGGGACACAUUGUUGUCUAAAAGCUAGCGCCUAAUACCUUAUCAAGCUCUCUCUUGUGCGCUAACUGCUUUCAUGGUUUCACAUUGUAAUGACUGUCUCUUGCCGCUGCUGCUUUUUCAAAGGCAAGGACAUGGAAUUCAGAAGCUGAAUAAAAGAAAAAAACUUUCAAGAAAGAGCCAAUAAUGAUAUAAUUUAUGUUUCAGUUCGGAAAAUUCAGUAAAGCUAUUUUAAGAUUUUCUUGAGGGAGCAAUUUCCUCUGGCACAAUUAAAAUAUUGAAUCAAUGCGCACAAAAUAAAACAAAUAUGGAAAGCACAAACACUCAAGACUAUUACAAAAUGUUCUCCUGAGCAGGACCUGCGUUAUUCUAAGCAGCAUUUGAAUGAGGGGUUUGGCAUUUGUGUCGCUUAAUCAGCUGUGAGUACAGCAGCAGAGGAAGAAUAGGCUCCAACACACUAUUACUGUUUGAUGGACACAUAUCCACACAGCCAGUGGUCCUUAAUGAGCAUCGUGACCUUUAAGUACAAAUGUUUUCAUUUACCCAUAGUAGGAACAGUAACUUCACUGUAUUACACCAUCAACCAUCAACUCAACCAGAGAGAGAAAAAAUCCUUCUUGCUUCUGCUCGGGCCAACAUAAUGGUGGGUAUGGGUUUAUCACAUAAAUAUCAUAUAUUACAGAUAUAUUAAAUAAUACAUUUGAGGUCAUUUACAAACUUAAGUUAUUCUUACAUAAUUUGUCCACACGAGAGCAAGUUUAAUUUAUCACAUGUAAAAUGUGAAGCACAUUACAUAUUAUAUGUUCAUUUUAUGUCCUUAUUUUGAAAAAUGGAUAUCGACCACUAUACCUCAUACUGUAUGUUAUUAUUAUAAGCUCUCAAAUGUCUGUAUGUUGCUCCAAAAUUCGAUAUUGGGCUGACAUUUGUAGACUUUUCCAUGGUGCAGAAAAGAACACAAUCCUCAAUAGCACAAGAUACACAGUAGGUGACAAAUCAAAAUACCGUUUGGAAGAACGCUGAUUGUCCCUCCAGCAGAGUGCUUGCACCUUGGAGUGUAGGAGCCCCUUAUUGAGACACUUCAUGUUGUGUGCUUUAAUUUGACCCUCCAUCUUUACACUGUUCUGUUCUUGCAAUAUAGAAGUUGGCUAUAGAACAAAUCAUUAGAAACUAUACUACGGACAUAUUACCCUGAUUGUUCAGACCAUGGGAGAAGUCAAGUUAUAAAAUAUCCCACCUGACAGUCUGUCUUGUGAUUAGACUCUGAGAUUGGUGGCUGUACUGCUGACAGAGGUGUGAUCCAUCUGCGGGGACAGAUGCCCUCACCACAUGCCUGUUGCACUUUCAGUUUUUAAUCCUGCCACCACAACCUUUGUCCAAAGGCAAAAAUGAACAUCAGCCUGGAAGAGACUUGCGAUGACACACUGGGUCAACAAAUGAUUUGAUUAAUUGUGAAACCCACAGGGGUGUCGUGCAGCUUUGAUAGGGUAGACUAUCGCCUUCCCAUGGUGUUAAUUAUUAAUCUCAUUACAUUGCACGUGGAAAGAGAUUGUGGGGGCGGGGGGGGGGCUCAACCACUGCGUGUCUGAAGCUGCUUUCGCUAGAGGAAAGGGUCACAGCUCACCCUCUAAAAGUGCAUGUCCCCCUGUGCGCAUCGCGGUGCCAUCUGGGACUGACCUCACACUCUUCCGUGCCGUGUCACAACUUGUUUGCGGCUCCCAAAGAAAAUUCCCGCCGCUGAAGAUGAGCGGUCUCUAAAGAAUCGUUAUUAUAAUAUACUGUAGCCCCCUCCUGACCGAUUGAACAAAUAAAGGUAGCGACCCUUAAAGCGUCUCCGCAUCCGAUUCAACAGCUUACCAACUAGAACAAAGCGGCUGAAAGAAAUCUUUUCCACCAUGCUCUAAAUUACAUAAUGUUCGUUUGCGAUCUCCAGGACUGUUCAUGCGUGGAGCAACCGCGCCUUUGUCCAGGUGUCCAAAGAGAGUUGAGGCUCUCCUUUGUUGAUGGCUCAUCUGAACAAGAUCUUUUUUGAAAAUAUUGCCAGUUACUGAAGAUUUUGCGUAGCCUGCUUGAGUAACAGGUAGAAUUUUAACUUUGUGUCCGAUUGACGGGUUUCUUGCGCGCCAUAGCCGUUAAUCUGUCAUCCUAUCAGGCUCAUAAACGUCACAUUUGUUUUUCUAGAUUGGUCUUUAUAUUUAUAUUUCCCCACAGUUGAUGCUCAAAAACGUGAACGCCUUUUUCCCCCCAUCAGAAUAGUGAAGUGGGCGUCAGUUGCAUUUGCUGAGGAGAUGUGAAUUUUGAACCGCUGUCAGCAGGAUCCGACCUCCAGGUAUCCGGGCAGGCUCGUCGUUGUAGUUUCAGAGUGGGUUUUUUCAGAACCACGGACAGCUCCUCGCGGCUCAGCUGCACGCGGUUCAAACUUCAGGCAGCGACACACUCGCCUCGUUUAUUCAUUCACUCAUUCUUCCAGCACCACUGUAGUUCACAUCCACGUUGGUUUUAGGUUUAGAAAAGUCAACACUGCUGCAAAGGAUAUGCCUUGGGUUUGCACGCUCCAUUCAUCACACGGCAGCGCUGGAAACUGAGGAACCCUGCGGGCUGUAAUCUACAAAAAAACUCUGAAGAAGAGAAGGACGAAGAGGAUGGGGCUGAUGCUGUAAAUGGCCUCUGUCAGAAUAAAAACAUUGGUGCUUUGAGAUCUGGUGCUGCUGCGCCUUACUGUUCUUUUCUUCAUCAUCAAAAGUCAAUUAAACGCUGACCAGAAACCACAAGCAGGACGGUGACUUUCUUUUGCCCAGGGAUAUGUCAUUGGGGAAAUCCCCCGUGUUGGGGGUGCGCCCUGUGCCCCUACCCUUCUGGCUGUCCCACAUCAGCCUGCUGUACUUAUGUGUGUCCCUCUUUGCCCAGGCUCCCCAGGGUUUGCCUGUGGUAGGUUAUAACACUGACUCCAAGAGGGAGAUCACACUGGAAGGAGAUUUGAUGAUUGGCGGCCUGUUCCCUGUGCACCAGAAGGGUGAGGGAGUAGAGGACUGUGGGAAGAUCAAUUCUCAGAGAGGGAUCCAGAGACUGGAGGCCAUGCUGCUGGCACUAGAUGAAAUCAACAAGAACGAGCGCAUCCUGCCUGGGAUCAGACUGGGAGCUCAUAUACUGGACACUUGCUCCAAGGACACCUACGCUCUAGAGCAGUCUCUGGAGUUUGUCAGGGCCUCCCUCACCAAAGUGGAUGACAGUGAGUACACGUGCCCCGAUGGCUCCUAUGCCAUCCACGAUGACGUCCCUCUGGCUAUCUCUGGGGUCAUAGGAGGCUCCUACAGUGAUGUCUCCAUUCAGGUGGCCAACCUGUUGCGACUCUUCCAAAUCCCUCAGAUCAGCUAUGCCUCCACCAGUGCCAAGCUCAGCGACAAGACCCGCUAUGACUUCUUUGCCCGCACCGUGCCCCCUGACUUCUACCAGGCCAAGGCCAUGGCAGAUAUCCUGCGUCACUUCAACUGGACGUACGUAUCGACGGUGGCCUCAGAAGGGGACUAUGGUGAGACUGGCAUUGACGCCUUCCAGCAGGAGGCUCGUGCCCGCCAGAUCUGCAUUGCCACUUCCGCCAAGGUGAGCCGCUCCAUGAGCCGCUGGAGUUACGAGAACGUGAUCCGCUCCCUGCAGCAGAAGUCCAACGCCAAGGUGGUCAUCCUGUUCACGCGCAGCGAAGACGCCCGCGAGCUGCUGGUGGCAGCCAACCGCAUGAAUGUCUCCUUCACCUGGGUGGCCAGUGAUGGCUGGGGAGCGCAGGAGAGUGUGGUGAGAGGCAGUGAGGCUGUGGCCGACGGGGCGUUCACCAUCGAACUGGCUUCCUAUCCGAUCCCCCAGUUUAAUGACUACUUCACUGCCCUGCACCCGUAUAACAACACCAGGAAUCCCUGGUUCAGAGAGUAUUGGGAAAACCAGUUCCAAUGCAACCUCCAUGAUCUGGGCUGUGGGAAGCACUCACUGCGCGAGGCUCAGUUUCAGCCAGAAUCCAAGAUCAUGUUUGUAGUGAAUGCUGUCUAUGCAAUGGCUGCUGCCUUACAUAACAUGAGACAGGCGUUAUGCCCAAACUCCACCAAGGUGUGUGAGGCUCUUAAACCUGGCAACGGCAGGAAGUUUUACAGGGACUACAUUCUCAAGGUCAAGUUUGAGGCGCCAUUUCGUCCACCAGACACCGAGAAUGUAGUCCGCUUUGAUGCCUUCGGUGACAGCCUCGGCCGUUACAAUAUUUUCCACUACCACAAAGAAGAUGGACGCUAUGUCUACCGUAAUGUCGGCUACUGGGCUCAGAGCUUGAUCCUGAACACCAGCCAGAUCCCCUGGGCUGGGCAGGUUCCCCCAACCUCCCAGUGUAGUGACCCCUGCAGGAAGAACGAGGUGAAGAGUAUGCAGCCUGGAGAUGUGUGCUGCUGGAUCUGUAUCCCGUGUCAGUCCUACCAGUAUUUGCAGGAUGAGUUCACCUGUGCUGACUGCAGCUUUGGACAGUGGCCCCUGGCCAACCUGACAGGCUGUUAUGAUCUGCCUGAGGAGUACAUCCGCUGGGAAGAUGCCUGGGCCAUUGGACCCGUCACCAUUUCGUUUCUCGGGAUGAUGUGUACGCUCUUCGUCAUUGGCCUCUUCCUUAAACACAAUGAGACACCCGUGGUGAAGGCCAGUGGCCGUGAGCUCUCCUACAUUCUGCUGCUGGGAGUGUUGAUGUGUUAUAGCAUGACCUUCAUCUACAUUGCCAAACCGUCCACGGCAGUUUGUACACUGCGUCGGCUAGGCUUAGGCACCUCGUUUGCUGUGUGCUACUCAGCCCUCCUAACCAAGACCAAUCGCAUUGCUCGGAUCUUCAGCGGGGUGAAGGAUGGAGCACAGCGGCCUCGAUUCAUCAGCCCGGCCUCCCAGGUUGCCAUCUGUGGUGGUCUGAUCUCCUGCCAACUGGUGGUGGUGGUGGUCUGGUUGCUGGUGGAGACCCCAGGGGUGAGAAAGGAAGUGAGCCCGGAGAGGAGAGACGUGGUCACCCUCAAGUGUAACAGCAAGGAUUCCAGCAUGCUCAUGUCACUCACCUACAACUGCAUCCUCAUUAUCCUCUGCACUGUCUACGCCUUCAAGACCCGCAAAUGCCCCGAGAAUUUCAACGAGGCCAAGUUCAUUGGGUUCACCAUGUACACCACCUGCAUCAUCUGGCUGGCUUUCCAGCCUAUCUUCUACGUUACUGCCAGUGACUACAGGGUGCAGACAACCACCAUGUGCAUCUCAGUCAGUCUGAGUGGGUCAGUGGUGUUGGGCUGCCUCUUCGCUCCAAAGGUCCACAUCAUCCUGUUCCAGCCGCAGAAGAACGUCUGCACUCUCAGAGUGGCCACCACCCGCUUCAGCGUCACCACUGGCCCAGGCUCCACUUUCUCUCAAGCAUCAGCCUCCAAUGUUGUUCCAACAGUGUGUAACGGACGAGAGGUGGUGGACUCCACAACAUCCUCCUUGUGAACGUCAGCUGAGUUCCUUUACCAAGCAUUGUAAACAGAGUUAUAUAUAAUCACUAGUCCUGAAUCAGGUGUCUCAGAUAUUAAAGAGGUCAUACAGAUGAUCGUCCUGACUUUGUUGUCCUCGAAGUGCUGUGAGUACAAUGUCCCAAUUAUUUUAUUUUGUUCUUUGACUCGUAGCGAUUUGAAAUGAGAUGCCAAUAAACUCGCAUAUAGCCCUCGUUUUUAUUGAAGAUUCUACAUGCAACAAUGGAGUAAAUUAUAGUAAAUCUGUUAAAUGUAAUAUAUACAAGACGUUUUUAAUGUAGACUUUGGUGAACCAGUUUGUGCUUUCUUGUAAUUUAUGUAAAUAAAAUGUGUUUUUUAUUAAUACCAAAAUG